GGACUUUCAAAAAUAAAAUCGAAAACAAAAGCGAAACGCCAGAAAAACAAAAAUAGGAACCAUGCAGAAGGUGAGGGACAUGAAGCGAACCGGCGUCUAUCGUGUGAGCGGCAACAUCGGGGACUUCCAGCUGGAGCUGAAGCUGCGCCACAUCAGCGAGUGGCUGCCGGUGCCCAGGUUCGAGUAUGCCGGCGCCCAGGCCAACGCCACCAGCGGCAGCGAACCCUACACGGAGGAGUCGGAGCCCUGGUCGGACUGCCGCAUCUAUCUGCCGCAGGGGGAGGACUCCUACGGCGUCGAGAACCGACUGGGCUACUACACCGGUUACUGCAACGUAGAGACGGGCGGCAGCCAGGUUGCUCGCUGGCGACGCAGAAGCCCCGCAAAGCAGAAGGCCCUAGAGGGGGAACCGGAGAAGGCGGGGGGCGUGGAAGAGAACCGACGGCGCAGGAGCUCCGCCUCCCAGAAGGUCCUAGAGGAUGAACCAGAGAAGGCACUGGGCGUGGAGGAGCAGGAGCAGCUUGGCAAUUGGAGCAUCCUCAGUGAGAGAAACAGUGGCAAUCCGGCCGGGGAUUUGUUUUACGAGCGGAACCGGGAGCUGUGCAACGGCCGCAUCGCCAGCAUACGGAUCGCCUGGCAGCAAAAGUACCUAAGCCACGCGGAGCUGGAACGCCACCUGCCGGAUCCCGGUGGCUGCGCCACCAAAUUGCAGCGACGUUACCACACCUGGGCACUGGAGACGUGGGAAGUGCAGCAGCGCCACCUCCAGAAGCUGGCACGGGCCAGGCAGGAACAGGAGCAGGAUGAGGACCAGGAUCAGGCCAGAGUGCGCCGCCGAAUGCGAAAAUCGCGACGCAGACAGUCCCAUCGUCCCAGCACCGCUGUGACUUUAGCUGAUGGUGGACCUCCAUCCACAGUCACGGCCCAGGGCCUGUCCUCGGCCAGCAUUUCGGAGGUCUCGUUCGACGAUCCGCACUUCGCGGCCAGGACCUGCCUCAUCCACACUCUGGUCGAUGGCGAUGCGGAGGAUCUGCUGCCGCCGGAAGCCCGGCAGCUGCAUCUCGAGGGUCAGCAGCUGAUGUACGUGUACGCGGAUCUCCCCAAGGACACUCUCCUAGUGAGCAUUCGCUACGAUCCCGGCCAGGGGCUGCUCUACGUGUACCCGGACUUCAGCAGCAGUGCCCGCGACCUGGACUACAUGGUGCAGAUCGAGCGGGACAAUGACUGUCGGCAGCUGUAUGCCUUUGGCUUCGAGAAUGCCACCCCGCUGGAGGGGCUGCUCGAGGAACAGCCGCAGCCAGAAGACGAGGAGCAGCAGGCUGACGAUGAGGCGGAAUAUGAGGACUCGAGGCAGGAGCUCCCGGAAGAUGCCACUGGGCUGGAGCUCGUUGAAUAUCACCACAUGCUGCGCCUGGUCGCCAGUGAGCUGCGUAACCCGGUGCAGUUCGAGGUGCCGCCAAAGCGUAUGAGGCGGGUGUGCCUGCUCCUGGAGCUGCAGACGGCCCAGCACUUCGAGAACGCCAACGUCCACGUGCGGUACUACAUCCAACCGCCGCCCAACACACUGAUGGAGGCCCCGGCCGGCGAGGAUGCGCUGUGCGGAGCCACGGCAACCUGCCGGAAUGCCGGCGACUGGCGACUGGCCAACCUGGGCCACUGCUGGCAACUGACGCUGCUCUGCGAGGAGCAACACCAGCCCGAGCAGCAGCUUCUGCACCUCUACUUUGAGGUGGUCAGCAUAGACAGCUGGCAGCGGGAGCGCAGCGAGGGCUAUGCCCACUACUCCCUGCCGCUGAUCUCGCCCCUGCCCACGGAGUCCAUUCGGCUGCAGUGCAUCCGGCCGCUGGGCAGCUGGCUGGACGCCCUCAAUCGUUACUUUAUUGGUGGUCGUCAACUUUUUGACUUUGUGUCCUACUUUGAUGUGCAGCAACGACCGGCGGAGAUCCAUUCCCGGUUGGAGUCGAAUGUCAGGAUGGCCAUGCGGAGCACGGGAUCGCUUUUGCUUCGGAUGCAGAAGCUUCAGCAGCGACAGAUCGACGGUGCCGGCCAUCUGUUCCAGCUGGGCGACAGCGAUGAUGCUGGCGGCAGCGGCAGCAGCAGCGACGAUGCGGAGGUCACGUCUCCUGAGGAUGCGACCAAAGCCACCACCUUGGAGGAGGUAAUGGCCGCCUACGUGGAGGCUCGCCAGCGGAUCGAGUCGCUGCUGCGCAGCAUUGCGGAUACAUGA